CGAGGGGACAUUCGUGUCAGGAGGGGGCUGGAAAGACUUCCUCCGUCUCUCCCGAGUUUCUUUCUUCACUGACGGAGCAGCUGGGGUGGACGAGGGGAGACAAACGUUCACGAGGUGUCUGACCAGUGAUCUGUGGCUACCGAGGACCCCGAAACACAAAAGCCUGAUUUUCUCUUUGGCCUCCGAACGUUGAAGAUAUUUUUCCUGUUGGAAUUAGCCUGGAUUGACUCAUGUGGCAGCUGGGAAACAAAUGUUGAUUUGGAUUGAGUUUGUUCCUCCACUCUGCGGUGCAGAAACAUGAUUUAACAGCUGUGAGAACGACCAACAAGCCAAACCUGAUCCAGGUUAAACCGCAGUGACAGCAGGCGUGUCCCCUCCUGUCACCAUCAGUAGUGACCUUUAAUCCAAACAGGGAGGGAUGUCACGACCUCCUUCCUCCCAGACCACUCCUCAGUUCUACAGAGUCAGUGAGAGAGAUCUGACCGAGAUCGAGCUUCAUUCUGUGGACUCCAUCAACGACCUGCACCGAACGCACCCUGAGCACAGCCACAAAGGGGUGAGGCCUCCUCGCCCGGCGUACACCCCCUCCCCGAACGGUAACCUGUACACACAUGAUGGAACGGCGGCCAAUCACAGAGGUCAUCCGCUCGGCAGCAAACUGCAGAGUCAUCUGCAGGAACUGAUGAGGCCGGGCUCCUCCCGAGCCUUCGCCAUGAGCUGCGCAGUCAUUGCACUGCUCCUGCUGACAGUGCUGCUCAUCUUCUACUUCUUAGUCCAGCAGGGGGGAGCAAUCCGGAUGCUGACUGAAGCAGUGAGAGACAAGGAGGCUGCAUCUGCAGAGCUGUCGCUGCUCCUCCAAGAACUGCAGGCGCUGAGACUCAACCUGACAGCCAGGAGAGGCGGGACAUGAGGAGGGCAUGGAACGCCGUGUGCUCUCACAAACGCUUGAUUUCAAGGCUCAAAAGUGCAAUUUGGAUCACACGCUGCUGGCAGAGUUCUACUUCUCAAAUGUGUGCUUUAUUACAGUACUCGACAAAACAUUUGCUCAAUAAAAGUACUUGGAUAC